UGCUGUUGAGCAUGAGUUGUGACUGACACUUGACGAAGGAACAAACCUGACAGCAAAUAAGUCUCUGAUAUUGGAAACAAAAAAUCUUCUGGAACUCAGAUACUUCAUAGCAAUAUAAUAAAUCUUAAAAAUGAAGGUACUGGUAAUAUUUCUCGUUUUCUGCUGUCUGCAAGCAUCGUUGGCCUGCUACUGUUCAUUGGACCAUCCACAGAAGAAGUUCUGCAAAGCAGAUUAUGCAAUUCGUGGCAAAAUCAUCUCUAAAGAAAAGGUAUAUCCACAUACAAACCCAACAAUUGCUCCGACCAGUGAAACAACCCCAUCGCCUGUCGUGAACUUUGCAGAGCCUGUUGGAUUUGGUCCAGUCGGCUUUGGUGGAAUGGCAGAAAACCCUAGCUUACCUGGUGACUCCAAGCGACCAAUCGCUAUCAAGUAUUUUGUGCGUGUGGAGAAGAUUUACAAAGGCAAGGAUCUGAUGCCUGAGAAGAAGGUUGAAAUCAUCACUCCACCAACAGACUCGCUCUGCGGUAUCACAAAUCUUGAGGUGGAUAGUGUUUAUCUUCUCUCAGGUCGUAAGUGGGAAGAUGACCUCCGAAUUGAAACUUGUGGUUGGAUAGCAAAAUAUGAUGACUUAACCAAAAGGCAGCGUCAAGGUUUGAAGAAAACUUACAACAAUUGUGAUGAUUGUCAAAUUCAACUCUGCUAUGGACCAUACUGCCCAACAAAAUUACAAGAAAGUCUUUGCAUGUGGGAUUCAUCAGGCCUUUUUGAGGACUGCGAGGGUAAAUACGCUCACUGCAUGGAAAACAAACGAGGGAAGUGCGUAUGGAAUGGCAAAUCAGACUACAAGGCAUGCAAGGCUAAGCGUGAAGCUGAAAAAGAUGCUCGUCUGCCCUAAACCCCAACCCAUGAUUAAAUUACUGUUUCUUUUAAUUUAAAUCUUCCGGUCUAAAGUGCUUAAACUGAAGGCGUCUACUACCUUUAUUAAGUUUUGUACAAAUUGUAUAAAAAGAUUUUGAAUUGUAUUGAAGGAUGAUUGUAUAUACAGAAGCACUAUAUAUUCUACUAAUAUUUUGCACAAUAAUUUGUUAUCAUUUUACAACUUUUUUUUAAACUUUAUUACUGUUGUUAUUAAAAUUCUCCUGAAAAAGUAAUUUAUGAUAUGUUUAAAAAAAUUAAGAUUGUUAUAUGAAAAAAUAUGAAGAGGGAAUAAAAUUCCAAUGUUUACUAGAAAUUC